AUUAGUAUGUAAUUUAUAAAACUGCACAGUGAUACAAUGGCUAACAUUGCCUACUGGACUUUAGUGGAAUGUAUCUGUAGAAUUCUUGGAGUUUCCACAGCAGCAGUUCUUCUUGGAGUGGGAGUGGAAACAGCCCUUCAAGGAAAGUUUGAAAGCCUUGCUGUUUAUCUUCUUUUUUCAGCUGCUGGUGUUAGUCUUUUUGAGAUAUCUUUCUUCAUUGACCUGUUGCUGUCAAGAUGUUUGCCGUGCACAUCAAAUUCAACACUAUCCAUUUUGUGGACUAAAACAGCAAGGCUGGGUGGUUUCCAAAAGUCUUUAGCCUAUACACUCAUGUCUAUUGUGUGUUUUCUCCAUCCAGUACUUGUAUGGCAUGCCACUAUUCCAGGAUCUAUGCUUGUAAUCACAGGCAUAGCCUACUUCAUAUUAAGUAAGAAAAAGAAGAUCAGACAAACACAAGGAAAUGGCAGUGAAACUGAGAGUUAUAUUGAUCCUUCAGCUACUGCUGUGGAUGUCACUGCAGCCGGAGACACGGAACAAACCUAUAGCUUCAACCUUGCUGCGAAAAAACAAAAGUCUGCAGCCUUAAAGUACAUCCAAAGUGUACUGAAAAUUAACCAAACUGAAAAGAAAAGGCACCUCUCAAAUCCAGAUGAAGACAACUUGGAGCAGCAGAAAGGGCAAAAAAAACAGGUUCAUUUUAUGGAGAAUGAGGUAAAGAUUAUUCCUACAGAUGAAACCAGCCUGACAGACCAGGAGUCUGAGUUGCAGGAAACAACUUCAGACACGGUACCUAUUAUCUUGUCAAGAAAAUAACACUUUGUCGUAUCCAUGAUGUCCUCAAGGCACCCAAGGAACACUGCUGUUUAAUAAUAUCAUGUUGGAAGCGGAAGCCAAAAGAAAAUCUGAUGUCAAACUGAAACUGUGCUCCUCAUUUGUGGUGAAUCCUCUGUAUAUGUUAAGUGUUAUUGCCUAUAGACUCAAAGUAGAUGGAUGGAUUUUCUUUGAACCAACCAUGGGAAAUUUUGCCUGGGUCCGAUGACAUCACUUCCAGUCCCGGGCCCACUUCCAGUUCCUGCCCCGAUUACGUCACCACCCCUGCCUGACUUUAAAGCCACCAUGUUUCCCUGUCUGUUUGUUCUUGUUCUGGACGAAAGUCUGUAAAACUUUGAACCACAACCUUCACUUUUGGCAGCCAGUUUCAAGUAUAUUUCUGUCUGAAUCCUUUCACAGAAUGUAAAGCAUUUAUAGGAUAUUGUGUUUGCCCCAAUUGUCAGAUCUUUGUGUAAAGCAUGCAA